GGGGGGGGCACCGCUAGCGCUCCUCCUGAUUCCGAGAUGACCGCUCCAGGAAAUCCCCACAGUAAGAGCAGCGGCAGAAGCGCGGGAACCGACGAUACGACUGCGGCUGGGAGUGACAAGGCGUCGUCGACUCAGAGCGGCGCCGCUGCAGGUGGGAGUAGGGAGGCGUCGUCAACUCAGGGGUUGGGGACGGGCCACACACGGGCGGCGGCUUCGCAAGCACCGGUGCCGCCGCAGGGCCCGCGGGGGCUGUCCUGGAGAGAGAAGCAGCGGCAAAAGGCAGCGGAGAAGGAGGCCGGCGGCGGCGGCGGCGGAAACAAGAAGGGCAGGAAGAGCAAGAAGGGGGCGGGGCAGCAGCGGGACUUCGACCACGCGCGCUGGCGCAAGCGCACCGUCGCGGUGCAGCUCAUGUACGAGGGGGGAGGUUACGCCGGCUUCUGCUCGCAGAGCGAAGGCAACGAGGACACAAUCGAGAAACAUCUGUUCCGAGCCCUGACGACAACCAAGCUCGUAGAAAGCAUCGCCACGGGGGACAACUAUUCCCGCUGUGGCCGCACGGACAGGGGGGUCAGCGCUCUUGGAAACGUCAUCACGGUCUCAAUGCGGUCAAAGUUCCCCAAGCACGUGCCCGACGCCGACCUCCCUACGUCACCCCUAGGGUCCCUCUGGGUAGCCCCGAUCGCACCACCACAAAACGCGGCGAAAUCAGUUGGAGAAAACGACGGUGGCUUUAAAAGAGAAAGCCAAACGAUGCCCGAAGGCAGCGCUGCUGCAGAGCAGGAACAGCCAGCCGCCGGGGGCGCAGACGAGGGCAGCGGCCUAGCCAAGGGAAAGAGCUCGGAGGGUUGCCCUUCUGAUUCGCGUCAUCCAGCUAGCGGUGCUUCCGAUCCUUGUACGGCGCCUGGAGGAGGAGAGGUCGGACGCGGAGAAGUGGCGAGUGGAAACCCUCCUGGUGGUGGCGGUAGCAGCGUCGUUGCGGGUGCAGCCGACGCCGGAGCAGGCGAGAACGGCGGCGGCGGCGGCGGGGGGGGGCUACGGGGAAGCGAGGGCGAGCCGGGGGGGGUGCUUGGCGGCGGCAACGGCAACGGAAAGACGAAGAAGAAGCACAAGAAGAAGAGCCGCAUGGGCGGGGGGAGCGGGGGCGGGGGUCCUCCGGCUGGAGGAGAGAUUACCGAGAUUGACUACUGCGGGAUUCUCAACCGGGUGUUGCCGCCGGGGAUCCGCGCGCUGGCGUGGGCACCGGUCACGGAGGGCUUCAGCGCUAGGUUCAGCUGUUCCGACAGGACGUACAGGUACUUCUUCAUGGCGAGAGACAUGAACAUAAAGGCUAUGAACGAAGCGGCGUCUAAGAUCGUCGGCAGCCACGACUUCAGAAACCUCUGCAAGAUUGACGUGGCGAACGUGUCCAACUUCGUACGGCACAUCAAGCAUGCCUCCGUGAGACCGGUACAGUCACCAUCGCCGUCAAACACGUCGGACCACGAGGGCACGGCCAGAGGGGAGGAGGAGGAGGAGUACUACCGGGUGUGCGUCUUCGAGGUCUGCGGGCAGGCGUUUUUGUGGCACAUGGUGCGGUGCCUCAUGGCCGUGCUGUUCAUGGUCGGGAGGGGCCUGGAGUCGCCGGACGUGAUGUCCUUUCUGCUCGACAUGGAAAGAUGCCCGGGGAAGCCUCACUAUGACAUGGCGCCGGACGGGCCCCUGCUGCUCCACGGAUGCCGGUUUCGAUCUCUCAACUUCCAGUACACGCCGGAGAAUCUGUACUGCCUCCAGGAACACCUGGAAAGCCUGUGGGAAGACGCGGCUAUCACGGCCGCUCGUCUCCUGAACAACCUCGAGUACCUCGCCGGUGUUACCAUCUCAGCAAAGGACCUGGAUGCGUUCGCCGCCUUCAAGCACGCCCUCAAGGGGUCCAACGACCAGCACUACUCGGUCGUGGAUCACGGGGAGCAGGGAAGGCGCCGCGAGAAAGAGCUAAAGCAGCAGCAGCAGCAGCAGCAGCAGCAGGGUGGGACGGGGGACUCUCAAGGCACUCGUCCAGGAGAAGAGACCGCUGGACGCGGCGGCGAUGAGAACAUGACGUGGAGGGAGGGGCUCCGUCGAUUGCGAGGCAUGGGGCUCGGUGUUGGGCAGGUCCUGGGACGCAAGGGGCACAUGCCGAUGGAACGAAGGCAGCAGGGUUUGCACUACAACGAGCUUGUGGAAGGACUGGGGGGAAAGAAGAGGGAGCGGUUAGACCGGCAUCUGGCCAUGAAGGCUGCGGGUAUGGAGUCCGGGGAAACGGACGCCUUCUACAAUGCCAUGGCCGACCAGGGAAUUCCGGAAUAAUAUCGUCUCCGCUGCAAACUUCGAUCUUCGAUGAUUUGCAUGUCGGUGCACAAAAUGGUUUUGUGAGGUUGUGCUUUAGACGCUAAGCACAUUUGUGCCCUACGACGUGGGGUACGGAAAGGGAUUGUAGCGUAUUUGUUGCGGGGGGGGG